AUGACAACAUUGAAUGGUGGUAAUGAACUGAUAAGAAAAAAGACAACAAAGAAUGGAAAGGCAUUUUUAUUACCACCAGAGUUAUUAUUAGAAGUAUUUUAUUAUCUUAGUGACUGUCAGUCUGCUUUAUAUGCAGCUUCACUUGUUUGUAAACAAUGGUUUUAUUGUGUUGCACCUAUUCUAUACUCUCAUCCUCAGAUCAAAGAUACGUAUCAUUGGGCAACACUUAUUUUAACUCUUACAAGAGAACGUAUGUCCUUCUUUUAUGGCGAUCUUAUUCGAUCUAUUGACCUGUCUUCAGAACACUACUAUCAUGAAUCAUCCAAUGAACAAGAAUAUAGUAUGAAAGGGUUACCCUUUAUCAUCGUCUCUACUUCGUCUUUAAUUCAGUUAUCUCGCACUUGUAAAAAUCUUACUUCACUUAAUCUCUCUUAUACAACUUUAUUAUAUGAUAGUCUUAUAGCUGAAACUGGCGAAUAUCUAUCUACUUUACAACAUUAUGCUAUUCAACCUGGAUUAACUCAUAUUCAAAUACCGAUUGAAGAAGCUAUUCAAACAAUCGGAAAUGAAUGUCAUCAGCUUACAGAAGUUAAAAUACAACGUUGUGAAUGGGUAACAGCCCAUGUUAUCUGGAUGUUUGCUUAUUACUGUACAAAUCUAAAGCGAUUAGAUGCAAGACGUUCAACUAAAUGUACUGUAAAAAGACUUAUUUCCCAUGUUCUAGAAGAACAACCUAUCUUACAUCAUUCACCACCACCACCACAUCCUUCUUCUUUUAUUGUCUUGCCUGCUUCUUCACUGUCAACUUCAACAGGUUCAAACACAAGUCAUGAAUUUGAAGAAGAAGAAGAAGAAGAUAACACACACAUUCAAAUAAAUGAUAGUAUGACUGUGCAUUUUAGAUUUAAUGGUAAUAAAUAA